AUGCAAGAUACUCUGCCAGAGUCGUCCCGCAGGAUCAAGAUCAAAUGGCCGCAAGUGGGCAUCACGGUCACCGCACAUAUGAACGACACGGUCAACCCACGCCUGAUCGACCUUCUGUUUGAGCAUCUUCCCUAUCGGUCUCUUCAAAACCAUGCUCUAGUCUCAGGCGACCACUUGUACCACCUCGUUCCCUCUGAGAUGUUGAUUUACACCCACGCGGACUACAAAGUACCAGACAGAACCCUCGAGCCCGACGGUACCGUCUUUCUUUCUGGACUGCAGCAUCUUGCCAUUAAAUAUGGCCCUCUAUCCGAGUAUCUCCCUGCAGCACCUUGCGGAAAUGUCAUACCCGAGGACAUGGAAAACCUCCGACUCGCCGGUAACGCGGUGUGGAAAGCAUGCAAUAAGACGAAACAGAUAAUCGAGGUUAUUGUUUGGGACGCCUCGCAGCCCGAGCCGACAGAGCAUCUUCCACUUCAGCUGGAGCGGAUUGGAGUGACCGAUGAGGUGAAGGCUUUAGUUCACAGGAUCCAUGACGAGACAGAAAGAUACUGGUCUGGAAUAUGUCCGGAUAUCGAGACCGUACAUAACGGCCUGGCAGGUUCAUUAGCAGGCUCCAAAGGAUCCUACUUCGCCACAAUGGUCUUUCUGAACGGGGAGGUCCGACCACUCGGCUACAACAUCCUGAACAAUAUCCUCGCGGUUGCAGCGACUCAACCGCACUUCGACCUGCAACACCUCAUCACCCUCUACCGAGUCUUCACAUCAACACCGUCGGAGUUUGUGGGCUACACAGGUGCCACUUUUCUUUGCUCGACAUAUCGGCAAAUCGACGCUCUCAUUACGGAGAGAAUUCAACCCAAUCCCGAUACCGAACAGGCUCGGGAAGACUUUCUGGCUAUGAUCAGCGCGUUUGCUCGCUAUGUCAAUCUCUUGAAUGCACAGAAUUUGCAUAUUUUUCCUUGGAGACAUACUAUCGAGUAUCCCAUGAACCUGAAUUAG